AUGACGCCUUCCAGUAGGAGCCGACAGACCCCUUAUACAGGAGAGCUCUGGUUGGCAUCUGGCAGGUGCCCCUCUGGAAGGAAGCUUCCAGAUAAAAAUUCUGGUUCUGCCGCCAGACCUUCCACUGCCAUUGGCCUCUGCAGGAGGAGACAGACCCCCGGCGCUCUGCAGAGCGCCUGCCCGAGUAACACAGAGCUGGAGCUGGAGCUGGAGAAGAUGAUGGCAGUCCCAGCAGGAGCUCAGGCACACCCCGACAUCCAAAGCAGACUGCUGGGCGCGUCCGGAAAUCCUGUUGAAAGAGGCGCAUUUGCCAUGGCGCCAGAGAUGCUCCCCAAGCAUCCUCAUACCCCACGGGACAGGAGGCCUCAGGCGGACACCUCCCUCCUUGGCAAUCUGGCAGGAGCGCCCCUUCCUCUGCUGGCUGGUGCUUCCACCCAUUUCCCCUCCAAGAGGUUAAUAAAGGUUUGCUCCUCAGCACCCCCCCGCCCAAUCCAGCGUUUCCAUAUGGUUUAUUCACAGGCCCUUUCUAGGCCAGUGGUGAAUGCUCACUUACAUUGA